AUGAAAACCAUUCCUUUGUAUCUCUUCUCGUGUCUAACUCUGACCUCGGCCCUCCGUAUCCCUGUAACAGUGGAGAGACGUGCGGCUCCUCCCAGCUUGGGCGUUUCUAUCAAGUCCUUGGGUCUAUCAUCGUCAUCUGCAUCAUCAUCCAGCCAGCCUGAGAUUGCUAAUGUCAAUAAUGUAUUGUAUGCGACAAAUAUCACAAUCGGUGGCCAAGAGAUAACAGUACAGGUCGACACGGGAUCAUCGGACUUAUGGGUGUUCUCGAAAACCCCUCUAACGGGUACCACACCUGCUAAUAUAACGGGCAACCUCACGUACGGCGUCGGUUCCGCUGCCGGGCCUAUUGAAUUCGCUCCUUUCACCAUGGGCUCCUACUCGGUUGCUCAACAAGCUUUCAUAAAUGCCGCCACUACCACAGCAUUUUCCGAGAAUCUUUUCCCAAUAGGCGUCUUCGGUAUUAUGGGCCUAGGAUUCACUGUCCUCAACGACAUUUCGACAAUCAACAAUCGCGUUGCACAAGCCUUCAACGACGAUACCCUUGGUCAGAAUCCCAUCAACAACAUCUUCUCUCAGAACACCUCCACCCCAAACUUCAUCUCCGUUCUCCUCGGUCGCGGUGAUGAUCUCGACGGUGUCACAGACGGAACCUUCACCGUCUCCGAAGUCAUCCCAGGACUGGAGAACAUCACAAGCACACCUCAGUUGGCACGACAGGGUCCUGGAAUCGGAAGGUGGACGGUCCUUCUGGACGGCUUCUCCGUGAACGGGAAGGAAAUCCCUCUAAAUUCGAGCGUGUCGGGCAUGCCGAGUGGAAAGUCCCUAGCGCAAUUGGACACGGGAGCCACCGACGCGGCCAUCCCACCCUUCAUGGUGACCGCGAUCUACAGCAGCAUGCCGGGCGCUAUAUUCUCAGAAGGGGACAACUUUUGGAUCGUGCCCUGCAACUCCACCGCUGACGUGCGGUUCACUUUCGGUGGUCAAGAAAUCGCGAUACACCCUCUCGAUCUCUCCGGUCUCCUGCAGAUCGGGUUCGACAGCACGACGAACCUCACAGUCUGCACCUCGAACUACCAAGACGGCAGCGCCCUGGUCGGCUCAGACCCAGAGUUCGACAUGAACCUCGGGGACGUCUUCCUCCGCAACGUCUACGCCCUAUUCGACUACGGCACGCUCGGCAUCCAAAACAACCAACAAGUCGUCGACGACGCUUUCAUUCAGUUGUUACCACGCACGGACCCCCAGCUCGCACUCUCGGAUUUUACUUCUAGUCGCUCGAAGCAACUGUCGAAUAGUGCGCCGGAGGCUACUGAAGAUCAGAUCAAGGUGGUGCUUUCUGGUAAUGCGACGGCUGCUGGGACGGGCGUUACGACUGUCACUGGAACUACGCCAUCUUCGUCCCCGACGUCGACCUCGGCGUCUAAGAAGUCUUCGUCCACCAGGAGCGUGGUCACUGCGGGGUGGUGGUCGGUGAUGAGCUUAGUGGGUAUGGCCGCGUUCUUUUCUGUAGUCGCGUAG